UAUUUCUAAAAGACUCAUUUCCUAAAGCUGGGGUGAAAAAGCAGAAAUGGCUCGUGCAUCAACCUGUCUGACAAACAGCUGAGAAUAUACGCACGUGAAGAGAACACCAAGAGAAAAUGCACCGCAGAGACACGUUGUCAGGACCCCAGUGGGUUCGGAAAUGCACCAUGUUUGUGAGAACGAUGAGCCUGGCAGACAUGUCCGGUUUCUUGCCCAGGGGAGAGCAGCUAGCAAUAAAGGCUCGAAGCACUGAUAAUCUGGACAGUUCUGGGGAGCCUGGGACCCGAUCGGUGGGAACCACAGCCAACUUGAAGGGGAAGAUGAGCAAAAGGCUUUCUGUUGUGAAAGGUCACUUCCCCAAGCUUGUUGACUGUGCCCACUUUCACUAUGAAAAUGUGGACUUCGGUUCUAUCGAGCUUCAGUUUGCCAACGAGCAGAGCGAUGCCAGCUGGACCUUGGGCAGUGCCAAAGAUCUGGUUUUCCUCGUGCAGGUGUCCUGCCAGGGUAAGACAUGGAUGGUGCGUCGUUCAUACGAAGAGUUCCGGACGCUGGACGCCCACCUGCAUCAGUGUAUUUACGACCGCCGUUACUCGCAGCUUUUGGCCCUUCCUGCCCUAUGCGAGAUUGGAGACCGGGUGGAGAUCUUCACGCCACUGUUGUCGGAGUAUCUAAACCGUCUCUCCAUGAUUGUGGACAAUAAGCUGAACUGUGGGCCGGUUCUCACCUGGAUGGAGAUUGACAACCAUGGCAACAGGUUCCUGCUGAAAGAAGAAGCAUCUUUAAACGUCCCUGCCAUCGCUGCUGCUCACGUCAUCAAGCGCUACACUGCUCAGGCUAGCGAUGAGAUCUCUAUUGAGGUUGGUGAUAUUUUGUCAGUGAUUGACAUGCCACCCAAAGAGGACACCACGUGGUGGAGAGGAAAGCAUGGAUUCCAGGUUGGCUUCUUUCCCAGUGAAUGUGUGAAGUUAAUCAAUGAGAAGUUGCCACAGUCGGUCAGCGCUCCUGUCAGUAAGCAAGAGGUGGAUGCUUCAGGCUCCAAACCUGGCGUCAACAACACGACUGAGCCUUCCUCUCCAACAUCAGUUCUUCAUCCUUGGUUCUUAAGCCUGGCUGUUUCUAAGAAACACGGCAAGCUGAUGGGCUUCCUGCGCACCUUUAUGAAGUCCAGACCCACCAAACAAAAGCUGAAACAGAGGGGAAUCCUGAAAGAACGUGUGUUCGGCUGUGACCUUGGCGAGCAUCUCCUCAACUCUGGCCAAGAUGUGCCGCAGGUACUAAAGAGCUGCUCAGAGUUCAUAGAGAAGCAUGGUGUGGUGGAUGGCAUCUACAGACACUCUGGUGUGUCCUCCAACAUACAGAAACUCAGGCAUGAGUUUGACAGUGAAAAUGUUCCAGACCUGACGAAAGAUGUGUACAUGCAGGAUAUUCACUGCGUCGGCUCGCUGUGCAAGCUCUACUUCAGAGAGCUGCCCAAUCCUCUGCUCACGUACCAACUCUACGACAAGUUUGCUGAAUGUAUGGGAGAGAUGACGGAGGAAGAGAGAAUGAUGAAAGUACAUGAUGUUAUCCAGCAACUUCCUCCUCCUCACUACCGCACUUUGGAGUACCUCAUCAGACACCUUGCCCAUUUGGCCACCUGCAGUGGAGAGACGAACAUGCACAUUAAGAAUCUGGCCAUUGUCUGGGCCCCCAACCUGCUCAGAUCCAAAGAAAUUGAAGCAGUGGGCUUAAGCGGUGCUGAUCCAUUUAAAGAAGUGCGCAUCCAGUCCGUGGUCGUGGAGUUUCUGCUCAGCAAUGUGGAAGUACUGUUCAGUGACUCCUUCACUUCUGUUGGCCGUUUUAGUGCAGCACGACAGUCUCUGACCAGACCCAAGUCAUUUGUGUCCACCAAGCUUCUGUCUUUAGAGGAGGCGCAGGCUCGCACACAAGCUCCACUUCUCCUUCAGGGAUCUCCUCACCAUGCUAUCAGCCAGUUUCACACUGUACUGGACCUGCCUGCUGACAAGAGGAAAAGAGGGAUGAAGGUCCGAAAGUCAGCAGGUGGGAGCUGGAAGACGUUUUUUGCCAUCGGGAAACCUACAGCGGCAGGGCGACGCAAACCCACCAGGAUCACCUCUUUGUUCCAGCCUGCUACCUCUCAUGCAGGUUGCAGGGUGGACAGUGUGACACUCAGGUCAGCAAAGAGUGAAGAGUCCCUGUCAUCUCAGCACAGUGGAGCAGGUCAGGGAAAGAUACAACGCUUACGAAGACCGUGCUCCAGCAGUGAUGGUCUCUCGAUGGCUGCUUCUGUUGAUCCGCAGCUCCUUACCCAGCGAUCCCCAUCUAGAAUCCAUCCAAGCCGCUCUUACGACAGCCUGCUGCCUGAGGAAACCCGUGAUGCUGAUGAGGAGGAAAAUGAAGAUGAAGAGGAUGAAGAGGGUGUGUACAUGUUGCCUGAUUUCUCCCAGGAACCAUCUGCCUCAUGGAUGGCAGAAGAUGUCAUUGACUUUAGCCCCACCUUCCUGGAAGAUGGGCCAAUAGGGUUGGGGAGCACGGCUGUCGAUCCUAGCGGCAGGGAGUCCCCUCCUGGGGCUGCACCCCCUACCUACCGCUGUCUGAGCCAUCAAGCCCACACCCGGACUGGUAGCCAGCGCUCAAUAACAGAAGAUCCAGACUCCGUUCUCAAUCAAUCAGAAGCCGCAGCCCGUCGUAGUUUGAUCCUGGCUGCAGCAGCUCCACCUCAACAAGUGUUCUGUCAGCACAGGCCAUCUGCAGUCACUAAUGCUCCCACAAGCACAGCUCAGCAAGGCGAAUCGAACCUAAGCCCAUCCCAUAGCCAGACGGCAGCUCCAGCAACCUCUGCACCCCCGUCUCAGCCCCCUCAAGAGAGGCGUUCCUUUACACGUAAAGUGGUUCAUGCACUUUCACCUAAAGCGCCUAAAUCCCCCCCUCUGGACAUCUCUGAUCCGAUCGCCAUCAGUGUACCUGCCAAGGUUCUGGAAAUGAUUGGUGGACGAGCUGGUGAAUUGCAACCUGGACUUCCAAGUAGUGGACCACCUCAGCCACCCCAGAUGAUAUCUAUGCUCCUGAGGUCAUGUGAUUUUCAGCUCACGGAGAGCUGCCAGCAAGAGCUCAACAGUAAGUUGGGCCCCGUCGCCAAAAUCAAGGGUCCUAGUAUCUUGGGUCCCACUGGUGCUCCCCUUCCAUCACAGCAGCCCCCUCCUCCUCCCCCCAAGAACCCUGCACGCCUCAUGGCUCUGGCUCUUGCUGAAAGUGCCAACAAGGCACUGCGGCAAGGUGCCUCACCCCCAUACCGCCCCCGUCAAAGUGGAACCUUCCCUGAGACAGACGUCCGCUUCCAGAGGUCCCUUUCUGCAGAUGCAGGUACUCUGCUAUCUUCUGAUCCUAAUCAGAUUUAUUCCACGGUACGCCCCUUGUCUGUGUGGAAGACUGAGGGUGAUGACGAAAAUGAUGAUGAGGGUGGAACUGUUGCUGAAAAGCCUGCAGACAAAACACAUGGUACAGAGUCAAGGUCACCACCUGAGCGAGACACUGGGACUCUCUCUUCUGACAGCUCAGUCUCUGACUCUGGGACAUCCAAUUCUGAGUUGUCAGCUGCCAGUUCCUCUGAAGACAUUGAGCGAACACCAAGCCCCAUUUACAAGAAUGAAGAACCAACCUCUCCCGCACAGCCCUCAAAAUCUAGCCCACCCUCUUCCAGUGAAGCCAUUCCUUCUCAAAGAAAACCCCCAGCUUAUGGACGACAGUUUUCUGCUCCGCAGCUUCAGCAGGAGAAAUCCAGCGGCCAGUCCAAGCCUGCAGCCCAACCACACACUCAGCUGAUGCAUUCUAAAUCAGAGAGCUCUCCACUGGCCCAGGUACGAGCCUUCCAGCCCACUCGCCCUAAAGUGCCACCCAAGCCCCCUGAUCUUGCUCCCUUGAGGGCUCCACUCUCUCAGACUGACCGGCAUGAUGACAUGCGUCGCUCCUUGGAUGCCAGUCGCAUUCGACGAUCGGCAGGGCCACCGCAAGGGAACACACCACUUUCCAGAGCUUUCUCUGAGCGUGUCAGCAGUACCUCUGACAUGCUGUCUCGCUAUCAUGCAGCCAGGAUGGCCAGCCAAGCUGCUUCUCAGGUUGCACACCUUCCCAAAUCUUUUGUAACAUUCUUAAUGUCAUUUAAUGCAUCCUUGUUGAAUAUAAGUAUACAUUUUUAUUAGAUGGAGAACUUCUACUACGAAAUUGGUGCACCUGAGCAUCCACAAGUGCCACCCAGCUAUACACGCCACAGCUAUCAAAAUAUGAAGUUGGAUCUGGAGGGAAACCUCCGUCUCUCUGAUCCAGCCAAUCAAAGGCCUAUUUCCAGGGGUUACCCUCCUCCCUACAACCAUCAAGGACCAGGGGGCGGAAGGGUUCCCCAGCUUUGGUCAUCUGAGGCCACACGAGCUUGGGCCGCAGCACACUCUCACUCUUUCUCCUUUUCCCAUUCUCAUUCUCACCAUCGCUCUCAGGAUGGAUCAUCAGGACAUCCUCCCCAUCCCCGUCCCCAGCGUCAGACAUCAUCAUCUGUCCGGUUACCUCGCAGUGAAGUGUAUCCCAUACCCGCAUCCGUUGGAGUGGGCUCCGCUGCUGGCAUGGUGCCUCUGUCUGUGCACCAACGUAGCUUGCAUCACCCCCAGCGUUCCCCUUCUGCAGACCACACAGCCUCCCAGCUUCACCCCUACUUUGAAAACGGGAAGGUGUGUUACCGGUACUUUGAGGCUUCCAGACCGGAAGACUUGCCACUGAAUCAGCAUCAGCAUGCUGUAUUAAAGCCAUCUCAGGCCUCACCAGUACAAGGAAUCUCAAAAGAUCAGCCUGAACACAUUUAUGUCAACUACCCUUUCACAAACCCACCAGGAUCUGGGAUUAAUUCAAAGGGCUGGGCCACCACAGACCUCGACGAAAAUGAUCACCAAACAUCAGAGACACUGGAACCACCUUCCAAGUCACUACCGGAUGACAAACAGAAGCAUUCAGAGCAAGCAAGUCACACGGCUGGUUUCGACAGCCCUGCUCAGAAUGAUGUGUCCUCUGAUUCCAAAGUGAUCAAUAUAGCAGCGUCUGCCUCCAAUGCCAUGCAUUUCCGCAGUCGCUCAGAUCCCCAAAGUACUAGCUCGGAGCCUGCUCAUGUACUGACUGGGAAGGAAAUUGCCUCCUUGCUAAUUGAAAAGCUUGCUGAGGAUGAAAGGGAGGGUCCUUCUGUGCCAUCCUCUUCAUCCACUUCUCCGCACAUUGAACACCCUCCAAAUCCCUACCCUAGUCAGCAGCAGCAACAACCUCCACUUGCGUAUAAUAUCUACACUCCAGGACCCUCUCGUGGUCGCUUUGAAGGUCAGGUGCCACCUAGAGAGGGAUCAGGACCUUUCCAACGUCAAGACCCCUUGCGGAGAUCUUCCGGAGGCCAGUAUAGACAAGCUUUUGACGUCAUGCCAUCUGGCGACCAAGUCCUUAAGUUUUACAGGAGCCAAGACUUUAUCCCAAGCGCCCAGGGAGAAAGCACAACCCCUAAUCCUUAUUCCCCAAGACCAUAUUAUCAGGACCCCCCAUACCCCAGUUGGGGCCCUCAAGGCCUCCCAGACUCUUCCCACACAUGCACUCCACCUACAGUGGCCUUCUCAAACUUAGCGCUUGGAUCAACAAGAGGAUAUGGGCCUCAUACCAUGGCCAACCAGUUUAACCAGUACCCAUACCAGUCAGGGCCAGUGCUUCCCCAGUAUCCCAACACACCGCGACGAGAUGUUGUCCUGGAUCCUUCAAUUCGACCUCCCGGGUUGCGGAACCAGAGAGGCUUAAACCGGCAGGGAAGCCUGCCCGGCCCCAACUGGACCAUCCGAACUGAGGGCCAGACCCGUAGUUACUGCUAAAGAGCACAACUGCCACAAAAAUUCUGUGUGUUUAGAGGAUAUGAUGUAGACCGGUUAUAAGCAUUAGACUUUUAUGUUUCGUGUACAAGUUAACAUGUUAUGAAACUAAUUGUGUUAACCUCCUCAAGGGGAGACUGAAUGUACAGAAACAAAGUUAAAUGGGGUAUGUCCUUACUAGUGUUUCUGUCUCAGAAAGACCCCAUUGCUGUCCUGCGAUUAGUGUGUGUAUUGGAGUGGAAAAAGUGUACGAGAAUAAGACAUGAAGCAGAAAGGAUUAAAGAAGUGAACCAUAAAGUGGCUUAGAUAUGAAGACAUUCCAGAACACACUGUGCUGUCCAGCAGAGGGAGUCAGAGAGGUACAUAGCUGCUAUUACUCUGACAGGACAUUGCUCAGUGGCUAAUUUUUGUUUUUCUGCUUUGGGUUUUGUUUGGUUUUAGGUUCUUUUUGACACUAAGUCAUGCUGUACAGGAGCACAAGCUUGACAUGUCUUUCUUCCUCCACAAAGUACGAUAUAAAUAACCCCAAGAGAUGCUGGUGGUUCUAUGAAACUUUAUGAGUACGGCUAGUUGUUGUUAUCUUAAUUUUUUGGCAACAAUGUAUUAUUUCAAUUUUAAUUGUUUUGUUUUUUCUAAGUUAUUGUAAGUUUUCAUUGGAACGAGUUAUUGUGAAAUAGUUUUAUUUUGCCUUUCUUGAAUUUGUUUUUAAAGAAUGUAAGGAUUAGGACCUUUUUUUUUCUUUAGUCUGUGUGUAAAUUUGUGUGUGAAUGAAUGUUUCAUGCGCAGAGUGUCUGAUGUUAAGCACAUAAAAAGUAACAGCAAUUGCAGAUUUUUUUGAGAGGGUGUGUAACAGAGAGCACAUACUUCUGUGAGGUACUGUUUUCUGCUCAUUCUCAAAUAAUGCGUCAGAUGAUUUGUGUAUCAAUAUUGGCGUCUAAUCCAAAGCAAGUAUUUCAGGUAGGUCAUGUCACAAUGUGUCACUCCCAGACAUCCCUGGGUUUCUGUGAAGGAGGAAUCCCAACCUAGCAACAUUGAAUACCUGGUACUAUUCACCACAAAACACUGAAAAUUCCUUCAAUGCCCAACAAACUAGUCUUGGAUGACUUUAUAAAUUUAAAAGUCAUUUUUAUCAGUUACCUCUUUUUGGGCUCAGUAAUGUUCCAGUGUUUUUACUCGGUACUAUAGCACCUUUCAGGUCAUUAAAAAUGUCCUGGAUGUUCUUCCAAAAUUUACCAGAGAUGGAAUCUCUAAAAUUUGUUUAGUAAUUGGUGCCUUCUCUUAAAUGACUAAACAUGUUUGAAAUAAUACUUCAUUAUGAAAGCAAAUAUUGAAGAGCUAGAUACAGACCCUGUCCCUAGCCCAGUUACCCCUAUUUACAGUUUCCCAAAGUUCCACACUAUUAAGUUCAAAAUGAAAAAAAGAAAGAGUGUGUAUGAGUGAGAAUAUGACACUGUAUGUCUGCAUGUCUGUUAUCUCUGUUGUUUUAAUACAUAUCUAUGCAGUGAAUAACCAAGGGGGAUAUGUUCCUGAAAAACACUAAAUAUUAAUGCUACCUAUGUAUGUUAGCAGACCUGUGAGAGUGUAUGUUUCAGUGAGAGAGGUCAUGCAUGUGGCUUGCAAGGUAUAUACAUGUCCAGCAAUCUCCCCUUCAGCCUUUGCACUUGGCGAAAGGCAGUUCAUCCUAUUUUGUAAUAUUUUCAAAUAUGUGAAUUAAAACCUUGGACACCGUCAGUGACGAAA